CGCCCGAGGCAUCAACGCGUCCAUCCAGCGGCUCACCGGCAAGGGGGACGAGGAGCCCCAGCCGGAGGCAGCGCCGUGUGCGGAGGACGAGAACUGGCACGAGGAAGAGAACUGGCAUGACGGAGAGUGGGAGGCCGGCAAGGGCCGGCCCGCGGAGGGCGGCCGCUGGCCCGCGAAGGGCGGCUACUGGGCCUCGGACGCCUGGUCCUGGGGCGGCGUCGGCUGGGACGACGGCUGGGACGGCUGGGACGAGCGGGGCGGUGGCCAGGAGCAGCCCGAGGGCGGCUGGUGGGGCGGCGACGCGGGACCC